UUGUUUUUUUUUGCACCUUGCCAACCUCGAAGACCGCCGGAGGAUCUUUGUUUCUGGAAGCUUGUGGGACAUUCGUGGUUGACAUUCCCACCGAGUUUAACUGUUUACAUUCGUGUGUUUACUCUGGGCAAGACUUUUGGGUUUUGUUUUUUGGUUUUUUUACUUUGUCACAAUGGCUCGUAUGAACAGACCGGCCCCUGUGGAGAUCACCUACAAAAACAUGAGGUUCCUCAUUACCCACAAUCCCACCAACGCCACCCUGAACAAGUUCAUAGAGGAGCUGAAGAAAUAUGGAGUCACCACCGUAGUGAGAGUCUGUGAGGCCACCUAUGAUGCCACCCUGGUGGUGAAGGAGGGAAUUCAAGUUUUGGAUUGGCCUUUUGAUGAUGGAGCUCCUCCCCCCAACCAGAUCGUGGAUGAUUGGCUGAACCUGCUGAAGUCAAAGUUCAGGGACGAGCCCGGCUGCUGCAUCGCUGUGCACUGUGUGGCAGGGCUGGGAAGAGCUCCUGUUCUGGUCGCACUCGCCCUGAUAGAAUGUGGGAUGAAAUAUGAAGAUGCUGUCCAGUUCAUUCGACAGAAGCGUCGGGGAGCGUUCAACAGCAAGCAGCUGUUCUACCUGGAGAAAUAUCGCCCAAAGAUGCGCCUGCGCUUCAAAGACUCCAAUGGCCAUCGCAAUAACUGCUGCAUCCAGUAGAGCCAAACCCUGAGCUGACCUCGCAGUACAGAAGAGAUUUGUUAACCCGGCCUUCCUUAGAAUCAUUGUGUUGGUGGUUUUUAUUUGGAAAAUCAUGUUUAGUAACGCCCCUGUCCCUUCCACCAUGUUUAGUAACGCCCCUGUCCCUUCCACCAUGUUUAGUAACGCCCCUGUCCCUUCCAUCUUCAGGUUCAAAAUUAAGUGUCAAAAAAAAGAGUUGUGUGAACAAGAAUCACGGUUUUUCUUCUUUGUGUGUCCAAACAAAAAGGUAGUGCUGAGUUGUUACUGUAAGACAUUGGAUUGUUUUCUGCAGACACAUCCCAAAGAUUUUGAAUGACUCGUGCGAUGAUGUUACCUGAGAACGUUCUAAUCAGAAAACAGACAAUUUUACUUUAUGUGAGCAACUAUGUCCCCGUUCGGUUUUAGGGUUCCUAGCUAGGGUAGACUGACCAGAAAGAGGUUUGCCUUCCUUCAAAUCAGAUGGUUCAUCCGUAAAUGCCUUACAAUCGAGGUGGCGCAAAGGCGGUUGAGGCUGGCAUUUGAAAAAGGUGUUCCAUUUUUCUACUCUGAACAAGAAACGGAAACCGUUGCCUUUGUCUUGUGCAGGACAUCUUACACGCACUUCUGUCCUUUCAGUAACUAGUUUUAUAUUAUAAAAUGCUUAAUUGUUGCAGUACUUGUCAGUUGAAAGUCUAGGAAUUCGUACUCUUUUCUUUUCUCUCUAUCAGAAUUUUUGUUUUCUAAUUAACUGCAAUGUCCAAAAUGUGAUUUUUUUUUUUUUUUAUUUUUUUUUUUUUUCUUCAAACUGGACUUCCGGCAUCUGCGAUAUUUUGUAUGCCUUUUUAUUUGAUGUCCGUAACUUAAGACUUGGAUACUUGAUGAUUUUAUGUAUUUGAAAAUGUGUACUAUUAAUAUUAGGUUGGCUAUUUAUACUAUCAAUGGAUGUGUGAUUUAGUACCGUGAGUGACAAAGUCGUACCUGUUCACCAACUUGUGAGAGUACAUUAAAUGAUACACUGAAAAACAAA